AUGGCAGAAAGACAACAGUUUGGGUGGCUGAGAGCAUACAAGUUGUGUGUGGCUGGGAGACCCUGCUGGAGAGAGACUGUGGGAUUGUGUCUGACUGGGGUGGGGGGCUUGUGGGAAACACUUCAUGGAUGACGCUAUAAGGGCUGUAUGACACAGAGCAGGCCGAGUGACAUCAUGUGUGUGGUAGGAUAGAACAGUAUGUGGGAGACGUGCUAUACUGAUGAGGGGCCAAGGUAUAUGUGUGUGAGACACACAUGCUCAGUGUGUCUGUCUGUGGGGUACAGUCAUAGUAGUAUGUAUUCACCAUGGGUAAGAGGUAGAGUGAUAUGUCCAGGGAGACACAUGCACCACCUCAGAUAUUGGUGAAGUGUUAGAGUGUGUGAGGAGGGAGACAGCAGAGUGUGUGUGUGUGUGUGUGUGUGUGUGAGAGAGAGAGAGAGAGACAGAGCCAGAGACAGAGAGAGAACGAACACCAUAGCUAGGUGUGAGACUACAAUGACUAUGAGGAAGAGAGGUUGACCAGUGUCUGUGGUAUCAUGUAUAUGAAAAAGGUGCAGGUAGUGUGUGUGUGUGGGGGGGGGGUACUGCAUGCAUGUGAGAGAGAGAGCCGUGUGCAAGAUGAAUGUGGCAGUGUUUGAGGGAGUGUGUGUGACUUCAUCUAUGUGCAACUGUGAGUGUUUGUGAGGAUCUGUAUCUGAGGAUUAGGGUUGUGUGUGCGUGUCUGUAUUGUGAAAGGUGUAGUGUAGCAGAUGUCUGAGGGGGCACAGUGUGUUUGGGGGCAUAUGUAAUAGAUAUGUCUACUGGCCCCCCCUGACGCUUUUCUUUAAACUCUGACCUUGUCUUAGUAUAAGACCGAAGGGGAAGGGCCAGGGAAAUGGGCUUAAGUGAUUUGCCCAGGGUUUCACAUAUAGGAAGUGUUUGAGGCCAGAUUAGAUUUGGAUUUGAGGUCCUUCUGAUUGCAGGCCUGGUGCUCCAUCCAUUGUGCUACCUAGCUCUCCUUCCUGACACUCUUCAUUCUUCUGUGGGAACCUGCCCAUCUUUGUGCUCAUUGUUUUGUAAGCACUUGGAAGGCUCUUGAGACAGACACUUUCUGAGGCAGAAGGGUGUAAGGAGUUCCUUGGCCUUGGAGCUACCCUUGCAGGAAUGCUCAUACUGCUGCCUAGUGCUGCUCAGGGACAGGGUACCCUCACUAGUGGAUAUGGAGUUAAAGGGCGCCUGUCUUUGAAUCCCAGCUCAGCCAUACCUUUGUGAUCUCUAGCAGUUGCUUCCCCGACUGUCAUGUGGCCCCUACUAAAUCCAAAUCCUAUGUUCUUAUGCUCUUCACCAGUCAAAGCCAUCCAGGCCUUCCUUAGCUGGAGCUUGGAGGAGAACGGCCCGGGUGCCCCUUAUGACUGGGCUCGGACCACAAUGGUUCCCUGGCCAGCUCUCCUAACAGGUACUUUGUACAGGGUGGAGGCUGGGGAAGCACAGUGGCAGUCUUUCCCACUUGUGUUUUGGAAAACAAAAACUAAAAAGCGCAUUUUGCUUUGAAGACAUUGUAUCCCCAAAGCUUUGGGCACCACAGCCUUGGAUCUGGGGGGCCUCCCUCACAUAAGUGUGACUCCCUCUCCGCCAUGAACGGCCUAUCUAUCAGCGAACUCUGCUGCCUCUUCUGCUGUCCACCCUGUCCUGGCCGAAUUGCAGCCAAAUUGGCCUUCCUGCCUCCAGAGCCUACUUAUUCCCUUAUGGCUGAGCCUGACCCGAGCUCCAGUGGAACGGUCUCUACCCCAGGGCGGGGCACUGGGGGGGCACUGGGCCGUUGGAAAUUGUACCUGACAGAGCGAGCUGACUUCCAGUACACACAGCGUGAUCUAGACACGACUGAGGUCUUCUUUACCAAGAGCAGUCGGGGGAACCGUAUUUCCUGUAUGUACGUCAGAUGUGUCCCAGGAGCCAGGUUCACCGUUCUGUUCUCUCAUGGCAAUGCAGUGGACCUGGGCCAGAUGAGCAGCUUCUACAUUGGCCUGGGCACCCGCAUCAACUGCAACAUCUUCUCUUAUGACUACUCAGGCUAUGGGGUGAGCUCAGGGAAACCCUCUGAGAAGAAUCUCUAUGCUGACAUUGAUGCUGCUUGGCAGGCCCUUCGGACCAGGUAUGGCAUCAGCCCAGAGAAUAUCAUCUUGUACGGGCAGAGCAUUGGAACAGUGCCCACCGUGGACCUGGCCUCACGCUACGAAUGUGCUGCUGUGGUGCUGCAUUCCCCCCUCACCUCGGGCAUGAGGGUUGCCUUCCCCGACACCAAGAAGACCUAUUGCUUUGACGCCUUCCCCAACAUUGAGAAGGUCUCCAAGAUCACAUCGCCUGUGCUGAUAAUCCAUGGCACCGAGGAUGAGGUGAUUGACUUCUCACAUGGACUAGCACUGUAUGAGCGCUGCCCGAAAGCUGUGGAGCCCCUUUGGGUGGAGGGUGCUGGGCACAACGACAUCGAGCUUUAUAGCCAGUACUUGGAUCGCCUUCGAAAGUUCAUCACCCAGGAGCUGACCAACCAGCGUAACUGAGGUCCCCAGGGAGCCCCUGCUCAGGGCAGGAUGGGCGCCAAUAGGCAGACAGGCCCAGGGAAUCCAGUGGGAGCUCAGAACGGGGCACUGCUGAGGAGUGAGAGCUCAACAGGGUCGGCCCACUGGAGGAUUGGGAAGUGGGGAGGACUCCCCACCCCUGGGCUUGCCUUUCCCAAUCUGGUGCCCAUGGCCUCUUCUGACAUCCGCUCCCCUUCCAGGAGAGGGGAGGGACAGAAUGACCCCCAUCUUUCUCCCCACAAAGUCCGCAGUGAUGACCCCAAACUGCUGCUAACACUGGGGCUGCCCCCGCCACCUGGGAGGGGCCGGGCAACGCAUACCCCCUCCUCUCCUGCUGCCCUUCCCUCUACCAGGACAAUAGCAAUAAUAUAUCUGCCAAGUGUGGUAGGGGAGGACCUCAGUGGACCUCAUUCUUCCCCACGUCCCUUCCUCCAAAUUCCUGGGACGGCAGUGACUGCAUGAGAAACACCUGCCCUCCCUCCCCCCAAUAGUUCUCUCUGCCAAUCAGGGAGAGGUGAUCCUAGCAUACCCCAAGCCCCAAGGUGGGUCACUCCCAGCAGGCCCUUCAUGAUUUCAGAUACCCAAACUCCUCCCCUUCCCCACUCCCCAACAUGUACAGAUAUACAGAUAGAAAUAUAUCUGCAUUCAUUUUGGAAGCAAAAACAAAGAAAUUAAAAAUUUAAAAUUUUACAGUC